UAAUUGUAUCCGGACACGUUUUAAAAUUCAACUUUAGACGAUGUAUUGAUAGCUUGAGUUAACUAUGAGAUGUUCGCCCCCAUAUCGGAGGGUAUCCGCUCCUCAGGGGGCUGUUGUCAAAACCCAGACAGCUGAGAGUCACGUGACAUGACGUGUAACCAGCAUGGCGGCGCUGAGCUGAGGUAGCGACUCGACUGGACUGACACCGAUAGCCUGGCUUUCGUUAGCUUCCCUUGUCACCUGCUUACUCGCAGGGCCAGGCCGAGCAUGACGGCCUGAGAGAAACGCGGCAGAACUAGCGAGAAAUGCAGCAACAACACCAACGGGCCCCACAGCAGCACAACUCACACUCGAAGGCAGAAAACAGCAAAACUAAGAGCAUGUUUCUGUCCAGGGCGCUAGAAAAAAUCCUCUCGGAUAAGGAGGUGAAGAGGAGCCAGAACAGCCAACUGCGUAAAGCUUGCCAGGUGGCGCUUGAUGAAAUCAAGGCAGAACUUGAGAAACAAAAGGAUGGUACUGUGGUCCCACCAAGAGCCAACUACAUCGAGGCGGACAAAUAUGUGCUGCCCUUUGAGCUGGCCUGUCAGUCAAAGUCCCCUCGGAUAGUCAGCACCUCCCUGGACUGUCUGCAGAAGCUGAUAGCAUACGGCCACAUCACAGGCAAUGCCCCGGACAGCAGGACCCCGGGCAAGAGGCUGAUCGACCGGCUGAUGGAAACCGUCUGUAACUGCUUCCAGGGCCCGCAGACCGACGAGGGAGUCCAGCUGCAGAUCAUCAAGGCGCUGCUGACUGCGGUGACCUCCCCCCACAUAGAGAUCCACGAGGGCACUGUGCUGCUCACCGUCAGAACCUGCUACAACAUCUACCUGGCCAGCCGCAACCUCAUCAACCAGACCACGGCCAAGGCCACGCUCACACAGAUGCUCAACGUGAUCUUCACACGCAUGGAGAACCAGGCUGCUCUGGAGGCUCAGGAGCAGGAGAAGGACCGGCUCCGUCUGCCCCCGCAGAACCCCUCCCCAGUCCCUGGUAAUCUGAGGUCCAGCUCCCCCCGCUCUGACCGCACAAUUACUCCAGAGCCCCAGAGCUCCCCGUCCCCGGCAGCCAGUUCCCCAGACCUCACUGCCACCAACACCACCAGUUCCACGCCCCCGCCCCCAGCCGCUGACCAGGACCAGGACCAAAACCAGAACCAGAACCAGGACCAGGACCAGGAGCAAGCUUCAGAAGCACCAUCGAUGAAUGGAGAGCCUGAGAGCAGCAACACUCCGAUGAAUGGAGAACAGAUCACACCAUCAACAGAUUCAGUGUUUGAAGAUGGAGGAGCAGAGAGGCCUCCUCCAGCAGCUGAGCCAGCUGAGGAGGGAGACAAACCGCAGAGCGACGUGAAUCCAGCUGAGUCAGCGGGGACAGAAUCAGAGGAGGGAGAGCAGACCCCGACACAGACACACAGCGGAACCGAAGAGGAGCACCCAGCCCCCCCUGUGGAAGAGCAGACAGAGGUGACUCCCCCCAGAGUCAGACCAGAGGGUCAGCAGAUGAACGGCAUCAUUGAGGACCGCUCUUCUGUUUCCUCCACAGAUAUGCUGGAUGCUGAGGCUCUGCAGGGACCCCACGGUGCCGCCCGGUUCUCCCACAUCCUGCAGAAAGACGCCUUCCUCGUGUUCCGCUCUUUGUGCAAACUCUCGAUGAAGCCUCUGGCUGAAGGACCCCCAGACCCCAAGUCCCAUGAGCUGCGCUCUAAGAUCGUUUCCCUGCAGCUGCUGCUCUCUGUGCUGCAGGGCGCCGGCCCUGUGUUCCGCACCCAUGAGAUGUUCGUCAACGCCAUCAAACAGUAUCUGUGCGUGGCGCUGUCCAAAAACGGCGUCUCAUCCGUGCCUGAGGUCUUUGAGCUCUCGCUGGCUAUCUUCCUCACCCUGCUCUCACACUUCAAGGUCCACCUGAAGAUGCAGAUUGAGGUGUUUUUCCGGGAGAUAUUUCUGACCAUCCUAGAGACAUCGACCAGCUCCUUUGAGCACAAGUGGAUGGUUAUCCAGACACUCACACGCAUCUGUGCAGAUGCUCAGUGCGUGGUGGACAUCUACGUGAACUACGACUGUGACUUGAAUGCAUCCAACAUCUUUGAGCGCCUGGUCAGCGACCUGUCGAAGAUCGCUCAGGGCCGCAGCGGGCAGGAGCUCGGGAUGACUCCUCUGCAGGAGCUGAGCCUACGUAAAAAGGGUUUGGAGUGUCUGGUGUCCAUCCUAAAAUGUAUGGUAGAGUGGAGCAAAGACAUGUAUGUCAACCCAAACCUUCAGGCUAACCUCGGCCAGGAGCAUCCAUCAGAAAGUGACGGUGGAGAGCUGAAGCUCCCAGAGCCGCUGGCGGGACGUCGAGAUAGCAUCAGCUCGUUGGACUCCACCGUGUCCUCCAGCAUGGCUCUGUCCCAGGCCGACCACCCAGAGCAGUAUGAGGUCAUCAAACAACAGAAAGACAUCAUCGAGCACGGCAUCGAACUUUUCAACAAGAAGCCCAAGCGAGGUAUCCAGUACCUGCAGGACCAGGGCAUGCUGGGCUCCACAGCCGAGGACAUCGCCCAGUUCCUGCACCAGGAGGAGAGGCUGGACACUACCCAGGUGGGAGAGUACCUGGGCGAGAACAUCAAGUUCAACAUAGAGGUGAUGUACUGCUACGUGGACCAGCUGGACUUCUGUGGGCGGGACUUUGUCUCGGCGCUCAGAGCGUUCCUGGAAGGCUUCAGGCUGCCGGGGGAGGCUCAGAAGAUCGACAGACUGAUGGAGAAGUUUGCUGCUCGAUACCUGGAGUGCAACCAGGGACAGACUCUGUUUGCCAGUGCAGACACCGCCUAUGUGCUGGCAUACUCCAUCAUCAUGCUCACCACCGACCUGCACAGCCCUCAGGUGAAGAACAAGAUGACAAAGGAGCAGUACAUCAAGAUGAAUCGUGGCAUCAAUGACAGUAAGGACCUGCCUGAGGAGUAUCUAUCUUCCAUAUACGAUGAGAUCGCAGGCAAGAAGAUCGCCAUGAAGGAGAGCAAAGAGUUCUCCAUCACUCCAAAGUCCACCAAGCAGAGUGUAGCCAGUGAGAAGCAGCGGCGUCUGCUGUACAACGUGGAGAUGGAGCAGAUGGCGAAGACGGCUAAAGCUCUGAUGGAGGCUGUGAGCCACGCUCAGGCCCCCUUCUUCAGCGCCACGCACCUGGAGCAUGUCAGGCCCAUGUUCAAGCUGGCGUGGACCCCCCUGCUGGCGGCAUUCAGCGUGGGGCUGCAGGACUGCGACGACCCCGAGGUGGCCUCUCUGUGUCUGGAGGGAAUCCGCUGUGCCAUCAGGAUCGCCUGCAUCUUCAACAUGCAGCUGGAGCGGGAUGCGUAUGUCCAAGCUCUGGCCAGAUUCACCCUGCUGACAGCCAGCUCCAGCAUCACAGAGAUGAAGCAGAAGAACAUCGACACCAUCAAGACCCUGAUCACUGUGGCACACACCGACGGGAACUACCUGGGCAACUCCUGGCACGAGAUCUUGAGGUGCAUCAGUCAGCUGGAGCUUGCCCAGUUGAUCGGCACCGGGGUGAAGACGCGCUACAUCUCAGGGGUGGUGCGGGACAAGGAGGCUGGCAUCAAGGGCCUACCCUCCGGCACAGAGGAGUUCAUGCCCCUGGGCCUGGGUAACCUGGUGGGAAGUCAGGACAAGAGACAGAUGGCUCACAUCCAGGAGUCAGUGGGAGAGACCAGCUCUCAGAGUGUGGUGGUAGCUGUGGACAGGAUCUUCACUGGAUCCACCAGACUGGAUGGAAAUGCAAUCGUGGACUUUGUGCGCUGGCUGUGUGCCGUGUCCAUGGACGAGCUGGCCUCAGCACACCAGCCCAGGAUGUUCAGCUUGCAGAAGAUCGUGGAAAUCUCGUACUACAACAUGAACCGCAUCAGGCUGCAGUGGUCCCGAAUCUGGCAGGUCAUAGGAGACCACUUCAACAAGGUGGGCUGUAACCCCAACGAGGAUGUAGCCAUCUUCGCUGUGGACUCCCUGAGGCAGCUCUCGAUGAAGUUCUUGGAGAAAGGAGAGCUGGCCAACUUCCGCUUCCAGAAAGACUUCCUCCGACCUUUUGAGCACAUCAUGAAGAAGAACAGGUCCCCCACUAUCAGAGACAUGGUGAUCAGGUGUGUGGCUCAGAUGGUGAACUCGCAGGCGGCUAACAUCCGUUCGGGCUGGAAGAACAUCUUCUCGGUGUUCCAUCAGGCAGCCUCCGACCACGACGAGACCAUCGUGGAGCUGGCCUUCCAGACCACCGGACACAUCGUCAUGAACACCUUCCAGCAGCACUUUGCAGCAGCUAUCGAUUCGUUCCAGGAUGCAGUGAAGUGCCUGUCGGAGUUUGUGUGUAACGCGGCUUUCCCUGACACCAGCAUGGAGGCUAUCAGACUCAUCCGACACUGCGCCAAAUACGUCUCUGAAAGGCCACAGGCGCUGAGGGAGUACACCAGCGAUGACAUGAAUGUUGCCCCCGGCGAUCGGGUGUGGGUGCGUGGCUGGUUCCCCAUCCUGUUUGAGCUCUCCUGUAUCAUCAACCGCUGCAAGCUGGAUGUCCGGACCAGAGGUCUCACGGUCAUGUUUGAGAUCAUGAAGAGCUACGGCCUCACCUUCGAGAAGCACUGGUGGCACGACCUCUUCAGAAUCGUCUUCCGCAUCUUUGACAACAUGAAGCUUCCUGAGCAGCAGACAGAGAAAACCGAGUGGAUGACGACGACCUGUAACCAUGCUCUGUAUGCCAUCUGCGACGUGUUCACCCAGUUUUAUGAGCCGCUCAGUGAAAUUCUGCUGGCUGACAUUUUCACUCAGCUGCAGUGGUGUGUCAGGCAAGACAACGAGCAGCUGGCCCGGUCGGGGACAAACUGUCUGGAGAACCUGGUGAUUCUGAAUGGGGAGAAGUUCAGCCCUGAGGUGUGGCAGAUCACAUGCUCCUGUAUGCUGGAGAUCUUCCAGAACACCAGCCCGCACGCUUUGUUGACAUGGCGACCGGCUGGGCAGGAUGAGGAGACUGCAGAUGGCAAGCAUUUUGACGCUGAUUUUGACAGCGUGUCCCAGAGCAGCUACGACAGAGCCCUGUCUGAGAGAGGACACAGCCAGAUGUCCAGCGACGACACCUGGAAGGGCAAGUCCAGUGCGAGAGUUUCAGACCAGAAGCUGUUUGCAGGGCUGCUCAUUAAAUGCGUGGUGCAGCUUGAACUCAUCCAGACCAUAGACAACAUCGUCUUUUUCCCAGCAACCAGCAAGAAGGAGGACGCAGAGAACAUGGCUGCUGCACAGCGUGAUGCUCUGGAGGAGUCUGAGACGGAGGGGGGGGGGGCGGGCUCAGAGCAGGGCAUGUACCGUCACAUGACCUCCGCUCACCUCUUCAAGCUGCUCGACUGUCUGCUGGAGUCGCACACCUUCGCCAAGGACUUCAACUCCAACAACGAGCAGAGGACAGCGCUGUGGAGGGCAGGCUUUAAAGGGAAGUCCAAGCCCAACUUGCUGAAGCAGGAGACCAGCAGCCUGGCAUGCAGCCUGAGGAUCCUGUUCAGGAUGUACUCUGACCGUCAACUGCAGGAUUCAUGGCCUGACAUUCAGACACGCCUGCUGCUGGUGUGCAGUGAAGCUCUGGCGUACUUCAUCAGUCUGACCUCAGAGAGCCACAGAGAGGCCUGGAACAGCCUGCUGAUGCUGCUGCUCACCAGGACACUACGGCUGCCUGACGACAAGUUCAAGCCCCAUGCUUCCUGCUACUACCCCCACCUGUGUGAGAUGAUGCAGUUCGACCUGAUCCCCGAGCUGCGGGCCGUCCUCAGGCGCUUCUUCCUGCGCAUCGGCUCAGUCUUCCACAUCGCCACUCCUGAGGGGGCCCGAAUUCCCGUAUCCUAGAAUGACUGGGUGCAGGAAUGGGUGGAGAAAUCAAAAGGACAUUUGUAGGUUGACACAAAAGAGACUGGAACACAGAGGAGGAAGAGGAGAAAGACUGCAGCUUUUCUGUCUCUGUUCAGCUUCUCUACUGCACUCCGCUUGUAGGAAAGUCUUCACCCUGUCCUCCUCCCGUGUUUUUCUCGGGGAUGAACAGCACUGUGACCAGCGCUCUCUGCUGACCGUCAUUCAUCGUCCCUUUGACUCUCAUCUCAAUGACAAGAAGAACUGUAAACGGAUAAUUUAUUGAUAUUGUACCCGAUUUUGUUGGUUUGUUUUUCUGUUUGUUUUUUUUAACAAAAGAGGUCUUUAAGCCGACGAUACCAUUGAAUUCGAUGAACCUUACACUUGCGAUUUUUGGCCGCCUGUGCCUGUUUGAAAACGAUGACACCGUCAAGUGUCGCCCUUAUUGUGAGUUUGGUGAUCUAAUGAAAAGACGUUGUAAUAUCUGAACCCUCAUUUCGAUGCAUUGUUUGUCACUUUAAUGUUUGAGUUCCUGGUAUUCGGUAGCGGGCUGUUGACUAAAGCUCUGAGCUGCAGGUGAGAAGAAUAUGCGUCUCUACCUACACGAUCAAAGAUUUCAAGCAGCUUCAUUUGUGAGGUCCCUGCCACACAACCGUCCUCUCGUCCAUCAAUUCCAUAUCAAUGAGAUUUUACAUAUUUAUUUUGCUCACUUGCUUUAUGAUUAUUUUUCAGAGUCAGCUUUUCCUGGCUUCACAAAAUCCGCUGGCUCAUAAAAUCCUCCACUUAUCCAUCAUUCAGCCCUAUGAGGGGACACAGUGGUUGUCCAUUUCCCAAAAUCUGUUUGCACACCUAUUGCCGACAGUUUGCUCAUGUAUUAACGCCUUCCAGUGUAUCAUCUAGCUCUGGAUGUUUGGAGCGCCCGUCAGUGUUGUGUCACAUUCAGCAGUAGAGUUCCGGGACGGAGUGAAACCAAAUGCUGCAUCUACAGAGAAAGAGGAAUCUCUGAAUCCUUCGUAGUUUAUUCCAUGCCUUUUUUUAAAAAAAAGAAGGAUGUAUGUAAUUAUUUAAAGUGCAUUUAAAUAUUUUUUGAGAAGCAUUCCUUCCCUUGCAACUAUGGAUGUCUACUUUUCUUCCCUAAAGCUAGGGAAUAUAUAUAUAUAUAUAUAUACAGUACAUGAAAAAAGCAGACUGUAAAGUUUUCAAUGUAAGAUACAUAGAAAUGAAAGUGCUAUACGGUUCUAUACAUAAUAUUGUGAUGUAAUCUUCCAAACAUUUGGUGAAGUAAUCAAUAAACCUGAAUUCUGA